AUCACAUCCCAGGUUUCCUUUCCGGUUAAAGUAAGGAGUCAUCCAGUUCCAGUGAGCCAGUGAUUCAAUUCAAGACUGUAAACCUGGGAGCAUCCCCUAAUUAGCUGUGUUUUUAGAGAGAUAAAGUGUAGAGAGAGAGAGGGUUUUGGGGACGAUGGAUGCGGAGGCGCUGGAUGGAGGGGAUCAUGAGAAUGGUAGGGAGGGUUUGGGGAGGUGUUUGAGCAGCUUUAUGGACGAAGGUAGCAUGGAGAGUCACAGAUACUACCUGUCACGGAGAACUGCGUUGGAGAUGUUGAGAGACAGAGGCUAUGUUGUUCCUGAUUCUGAAAUCAAUCUCUCUCUUGAAGAGUUUCGAUCCAUUUACACCGACAAACCCGAUGUCGACCGCCUUCGGAUUGGGGCUUCUCUCCGAUCCGACCCAUCAAACAAGAUUUUGGUCAUUUUCUGUGGGCAAGGUAUGGUAAAAGUAAAUGUCAUCCGCAGCAUUGCAACUCAGAUAGUUAACAAAGACAGUUUGAGUCGGCUGAUAUUAAUAUUGCAAAAUAAAAUAACUAACCAAGCUCUGAAAGCUGUGGAUCUUUUCUCAUUUAAAGUUGAAGUAUUCCAAAUUACCGACUUGCUUGUUAAUAUUACAAAGCAUGUGUUGAAGCCAAAGCAUCGGGUACUGACUGAUAAAGAGAAACAAAAGCUCCUAAAGAAGUACAGUUUGGAAGAAAAACAGCUUCCUCGAAUGCUGCUAAAAGAUGCGAUUGCACGAUAUUAUGGUCUUGAGAAGGGGCAGGUGGUGAAAGUUACUUAUAAUGGUGACAUUACCGGGUCACAUGUAACUUACCGUUGUGUUUGGUGAUGCCUUUUAGCGCAAUCUAGUAGCAGAUAGUUUCUCCUUAGAAAUGGUAGGAGUUGUUUUUCUCCUUAGAAAUGGUAGGAGUUGUUCUACUUGGACUGUAUGACUAUUGUGCUAAUGUCAUGCCAAAACAUAUUGGAUUUGGUACAAAUUAUUGAUUUUCUAUGUUUGUUAUUUA